AAAACAUCGCGGCCCAAGAAAAUCUCAUUUAACUUGGCGCGUUGAUUGUUGAGCAUGUGAUUGACAGCAUCGCUUGAUUGUGCUUGUAAUACGGAUUGAGAUCAAAUAAUAACAAUAAUAAUAAUGCAAACACGACGAUGAAAUUACUUGCAGAUUGUUCAUGGUCUGUGUUCUCAAUUUUUGAGUCUGUACUUUGCGAUGAAAUAUUCAAAUUAUGUAAAAUAGAAUCGAAGCCGACAAUGUAAAUGCUGAUAACCUCGAAUGAAUAUGACUAUUUAUCAAGUGAACUUUGAUGCAUCAAGUAAAUAGCAUCGUAAUGUUUAAAUAGAGCAACUUUUAUGAAGCGCCACACAAAUAAUGGAUAAAGAUCAUAAAAUUUGUAUAAAAUAAAUUUAAAGGGAGCAGAACGAUAGCGAGAGACCGAAAAAAACAACGACCAGCAAUAUAGCACCCACAACGGCAUUAUAAAAAAAUAUUCAGGAAAAAAAGAUACACCGAAUUGGCGGCAACAUGUUUCAAGGCAUCGAACAAAAUGAUGACAGCUUAUAUUCCAGUAAAGAAAAUGAUGAAUCAGACAUUGAACCGGGUGAGAAUUCUCAAUUGGAUGAUUUGUAUACAAGAUAUCGACAGCGUUUGCGGAAAUCUUUGUUUGAAUCCGGAUUAACAACGGCUUUUGUUGCUUGCAUUUUGUGCUUGUGCGUUCUGUUCUCCUAUCAGUCGGUUUUCGAUAUCCUGGCGACGUUGCUUACAAUAAUCAUAAUAUGCAGUCUGUUAAUAGCACUUCAAUUUCCGAUUGUAAUGUCGUCGCCAAUAACAGCGUUGGGUUUUGCGAUGUUGAUAACAGUGUGCCUAGGUUCUGUAUCAGCAAAAGUCGGCACAACGCUAGCUCCUUUGCCUAUAUUCGCAUUGAUUCUGGGUGUGCAUACAAUGCUGCCGAUAUCGUGGCCAGUGUCUGUGGUUUUAGCUGCAAUACUGUCGAUUAUUCAUUUUGGUUUCCGAAUUGUAUUGAACAGUGAUAAUUUUCCGGAAUUAUUUAUUCAAACACUUAUAGUUGAGGUAUUAUUCUUGGGGACAGCUAGCGUUUCUGGUCUAUACUAUCGCAUAAUGUCUGAUGCAGCGCACAAUCGUACGGUUGACGGUACUCGGACAGGAAUCCAGCAACGUGUUAAAUUGGAAUGUGAACGUGAACAACAAGAACAACUACUAUUAAGUGUCAUUCCAGCGUACAUUGCAGCUGAGGUAAAACGUAGUAUUAUGCUAAAAAUGGCUGAUGCAUGUCAGCGAGCAGGUGGACAACAAACGCGAUUUCAUGAGAUGCACAUACAACACCAUCAUAACGUUUCCAUUCUCUACGCUGAUAUCGUUAACUUCACACCACUAUCGGAACAACUUACUGCCUCUGAUUUAGUGAAAACUCUCAACGAACUUUUCGGCCGUUUUGAUCAAAUUGCACAGGAAAAUCAAUGCUUGCGCAUCAAAAUACUUGGCGAUUGUUAUUACUGCGUUAGCGGAUUGCCUAUAUCUCGACCACAGCAUGCCGUGAAUUGUGUUAACAUGGGCCUUCAAAUGAUUGAAGCGAUAAGGUGUGUACGGGAAGCGACCGGAUUUAAUGUCGACAUGAGAAUAGGUGUACAUACGGGGAAUGUGCUGUGCGGAGUUCUCGGCUUACGCAAAUGGCAAUUUGAUGUUUGGUCGGAUGAUGUAACUUUGGCGAACCAUAUGGAGAGUGGUGGAGUUGCAGGACGUGUCCACAUAACGAAAGCGACACUCGAUUAUCUUGGUGAUAAAUUUGAGGUAGAAGCGGGUAAUGGAGCUUCACGCGAACCAUACCUAGCAGAUCAUAAAGUAGAAACGUACCUUAUUGUCCCCCCACCACCGAAGAAAACAGCAACAAUCAUGGACAUUCCGGCUGUAAAUCCAACGAAGCCUGACAAUUUGGCAGUGAAUAAGAUAUGUAUAUUAGAACCAGAUGAUACAACAAAUCCCCGAACACCGCUUACGCCGGAAACAAUAGACCGUACACCCAUCGAUGAAAAAGUGAAUAAAAACCAAUUGACACCGACUAUUACCGAAGAGACUGAACAAGAUGAUCAAUCUGUAAGCUGUAAAUCAUCGUUAUCACUGCCGGUUGAACCGCCAGUUGGGUUGCCUAUUGAACAAAGAGACAAACGCAAGCUAUCCGUUCAGGGAUUGAUGGCAUUUGCCGAACGUCGUAGAUCAUCAAGCACAUUUGUUGAUAUGAGAAAAAUGUCCGUUUCUAACGGAGAUAGCAUUCACAUUCGAUCACCAGCCACGCCCGGAGGACCACCCAUUCGAAAUAGACCAUCUUCAAAAAUGACAAAAUAUGUAGAGUGCUGGGGAGCUGAUAAACCAUUCGCCAAUAUAACCGAUUCGAAAAUGGCAAAGAACAUUGGAUUGGCUAGUAUCGCAAUGAUUGAAUCAAAUUUAUUACCACCGGAUCGACGUUGUUCGGAUUUAAAUUGUUUUGGGCCACCAUCUGAAUUGCGGCCGCUAACAAUGUGGUAUCGAAACAGUGAUCGGGAGACACUGUUUCGUGAACAACCCGAUCCACAUUUUCGUUAUGAUUUGCUGUGUGCUUUCAUUAUGUUUUUAUCAUUAGGAUUACUUCAGUUAAUCGUUAUUCAAGGAAAUAUAGCAUUAUUUGGAUCGAUUGGUGCUACAAUAGUUGCAUUAGGUUUAUUUUUAUAUUUAAGUCAUUUGCAAACAUCUGAAUCAUCUCAACUUGGACGCAGUGCACCUGGUCAAGUCAUAGCAAAUAGUCGUCUCAUUCGAUUGGCCAUAUUUUUAAUAUCUACUACGCUUAUUGCAAUUUGUGCAGUUUUUAGUGUGAUAAAUUUCGAGGAAAUAAUUGGCAUGUCAUCGUUCAAUGCGACUAGUUUAAAUAGUUCUGAUUACAAUUUAACAGACACGCUCAAUAUGACUGAUGUCGACAUUCAAUAUACUCAAUCGGUGGGAACGGCUCCAAUUUACUUAUUUUGUUGUGCCCUAAGUUUGGCAGCAAUUUCCGCAUUUCUACGAGCUGGAUUCGUUUUGAAAUUUAUUGCAAUGCUAUGCAGCAUUGCUGUUCAAGGUUGUGUACUGAAAUUCAGUAAAUUGUACGCUUUUUAUGACCACGAAAAUGAUAGCAGUAUUUUUGGUUUGGCGACCACCGGCGUCUUUUUUCUCAUGCUAAUCGCCAUCGUUCUGCAUAUAUUGGAUCGUCAGGGUGAUUUUGUGGCUCGAACUGAUUUCUUGUGGAAAGCAAAACUGAAAACGGAACAAGAAGAAGUCGAAACGAUGCGAGGCAUUAACAAGAUUUUACUGGAAAAUAUAUUGCCAGCUCAUGUGGCACAACAUUUCUUGCGAAAAGAUCGUUCAAAUGACCUAUAUCACGAGCGAUACCAUUUUGUUGCCGUGAUGUUCGCUUCGAUACCCAAUUAUAAGGAGUUCUACGACGAAACCGAUGUUAAUAAACAAGGGUUGGAAUGUUUGCGGCUUCUUAAUGAAAUUAUUUGUGACUUUGAUAAGCUGCUGCUGAAACCAAAGUUCAGUGGAAUUGAGAAAAUUAAGACCAUAGGCAGCACUUACAUGACAGCAUCUGGCCUCCGGCCGGGAAAAGAAGAAGGAGCAACGAUUAACAAUGAGGCGGACGAACGACGUACUGAGGAGCAUAAUGUAACUGUCGUUGUUGAAUUUGCGCUUGCUUUGAUGUCGGUACUUGACCAAAUCAAUCGGGAGAGUUUUCAACGCUUUCGGUUGCGCAUUGGUUUAAAUCAUGGUCCGGUGAUUGCUGGUGUUAUUGGAGCCCAAAAACCGCAGUACGACAUUUGGGGUAAUUCAGUGAAUGUUGCAUCCCGGAUGGACUCAUGUGGCGUUAUGGGACGCAUACAGGCAACCGAAAAUACGGCAAAAGUUCUCAUGGCAGCUGGUUACACUUGUGAAUGUCGCGGACAAAUUUAUGUGAAAGGCAAAGGAACUCUAACCACAUACUUUGUGAAAACACCAUUCGACGAUAAACUCUAAAUGUUAGCGUAUUUAAUUAGUAAAGUCAUUACCAUUUUAAUCCAUUUAAAUGUAUUUGUUCCAUUUACAAAUAAUAAUAACGUCAGUCUAUAACUAUUGUAGAGUAGAUUGAUUUCAAAAUUCAUAAAUGUGCGCAUAUUGAGCUGAAAACCUGUGACAAUUUACUCAAACUCAAAAACGAGUAGAAAAUACAUACAUUUUGUACAAAUAAUAAUUAUUAUUAUUCGCAUCAAAGUAAAUUAUAUUAAUAUUAUUAUUGAA